AUGAGUACUAGAAGUUUGCAUAGUAUCGAUUCUUUGGUACCUGAUGUGCCAGAGAACGGGGAGUACAGAGUAACUGAGUUUGCUCCUCAAGAGGAGGAGGGCCACAAUCAUUACCAUCCUCUUUCCCAACUGAGUUCAGUCUUGAGCCAUGUGGCUCAUCAUGAUCGUGAGGAUGAACUAGAACUCGAAAAGUUGGUCACCCAAAAUAAAGAGGGAAUAGAAAGAAAAAUCAGUAGGAUCACAUCAAGAGCAGGUACUUUAGGUCCAGUCGAAAAAAUGGUAGAUGCUCCAUUAGCCAUAGCCGAUCCGGAUCCUAAUUCCACUAUCCACGAAUUGGACGAAUGGAAGUAUCAAGUCGAUAGAGAAACUAACUUGAGGUUGGUGGAGUUUGUCCCUGGUGAUAAGGUAAACCCCAAAAAUUUUUCGAAAGCAAGAAAAUGGGUUAUUACCUUCGUUUUAGGUUUAGUCUGCUUUAACGUAGCUAUCGGCUCAGCUAUUGUAACCGGAGAAAUGCUGGGUCCACAAGUAGAUCUGCAUGCCUCCGAAGAAGUUGUCAUCUUGGCAAGUGUCACGAUGUUUGUGCUAGCUUUUGGAAUUGGACCAUUGAUAUUGUCUCCUCUAAGUGAAGAGUUUGGAAGAAACAUGGUCUACAUUCCAACGUUAUUUUUGGCUAUCGUUUUUAUUAUCCCAUGUGCUCUGGCUCAGAAUAUUGCCACUCUUAUCGUCUGCCGGUUUAUCGACGGUCUAUUCUUUUCAGGACCAAUGACCUUGAUUGGAGGUUCACUUGCAGAUUGCUGGUUGGAAGAUGAAAGAGGCCUUGCCAUGGCAAUUUUCUCAGCUGCUCCCUUCUUAGGUCCUGUCAUUGGUCCUUUGAUCGGUGGUUAUUUGGGAAUGUAUAAAGGAUGGAGAUGGAAUUAUUGGCUAUUAAUGAUCUUUACUGGGUUCUGUUACUGUUUGCUACUCGUAACUAUUCCAGAAACACAUGCUGGUACACUUUUGAAGAGAAGGGCUAAGAAGCUAAGAAAAGUGACCGGUGAUCCAUCGUACAGAGCCUUAGUGGAGCUUCGAAUAAGAAGCACUCGUGAAAUGGUGGAUGAAACCCUUCUGAGACCAUUAAUUCUUCUGAGAGAAAUGAUUGUGUUCUUGAUUACCGUGUACAUGUCCAUCAUUUAUGGUCUGUUGUACAUGUUUUUCUUUGCAUACCCAAUCGUAUUCAUGGAGGGCAAAGGAUGGAAUGCAGGCAAGACAGGUUUGACAUUUAUACCGAUUGCCGUGGGUAUUUUCAUAGCUGUCGCCCUCGCCCCACUAUUCAACAAAGAUUAUAACAAAAGGGCUCAAAAAUACAGAGAUCAGGGACUUCUACCUCCACCAGAACUGAGACUAAUUCCGAUGAUGAUCGGAUGUUGGACGGUUCCAAUGGGAUUAUUUGCAUUUGCAUGGUCUUCGUACCCACGUCUAAGUUGGGCUGGACCCUCUAUUUCCGGUCUUGCCUGUGGUAUUGGUUUUACGUUGUUAUAUAACCCUGCAAACAACUAUAUUGUGGAUUCAUAUCAGCAUUAUGCCGCCUCCGGGUUAGCUGCCAAGACAUUCUUACGUUCGAUAUGGGGAGCUUCGGUCCCGUUGUUCACCGUCCAGAUGUACCACAGGUUAGGAUACCAAUGGGCUACUUCUCUGAUGGCAUUCAUUUCGCUGGCCUGCUGUGCCAUUCCCUUCAUGUUCUUCAUAUUUGGAGCCAGAAUUCGUCAAAGAAGUAAGUACGCAUACACUGGCGAGGGCAGUGAGAAGUCUAACUCGCUGGAUCAAAAAGCAACCAACAACAACACUGUCACCUCUCUGGCGCCUUCAUUUUCUUCUGCCAAUAAUGAGUCAUACAAGACAUCCUCGGAAAAUGUUUAA